UUCCAAAUGGCUAAGAAAUCUGCCCAAGUAGGUGUUGAAGGGCUGAAGAAGACUCUCAUCAGUGAGGAACAAGUGGGGGAUGAGAAGGUUCAAGCAAAAGUCGAGAUGCUUAUUGCCGAGCUCCACGGGACAAACCGUCUCCCUCCUAAAGACCCAGAUAAUCCAUUAUGUUUUCAGUUUUUGGUGUUUUUAUGCUCUGAUUCACGAGUAAGCCCCUCGGUCGUUCUCAACUUCAAGCCAGGGGAAGCCUUCGUAGGCCGCAAUAUUGCUAACAUGGUUCCUCAAUUUGACCAGUUGAGGCAAACUGAAAUCGGUGCAGUCAUCGAGUAUGCAGUUAAAAGUCUUAAGAUUAGUCAUUGUGGUGGCAUAGGGAGGCUUAUGAAUCUUCCAGAUUGCACUCAGACUUAUGACUUUAUCGAUGAAUGGGUGAAAAUUGGUUUGCCUGCAAAGAAGAAGGUUCUGCAAGAGGCUGGAGACCUGCCUUUUGAACACCAGGUGACCCUUUGCGAAAAGGACUCACUGAGGAAUUCGAUGGCGAAUUUACUCACCUAUCCAUUUGUGAGAGACGCUGUGGUGCAUGGAACUAUGACACUGAGAGGAGGUUACAAUGACUUUGUUAAUGGAAGCUUUGAGCAAUGGAAGAUGUGUACCCACUGAGCCUGAGGCCUCAUCAUAACUUUUUUCUGCAUUUCUUCUGUGCAACUAGGUGCUAUUUUUCUCUAAAAUAAUAAGUUGAAUUUGUAUUCUUUAGAGGUGUGAUUUUCUUACAAGCUUCCCUCUUCUUUGGAGGAUUUCAUAUGCGUAAUUAAUGC